CAUCAGCUUCCCUUCAUCCGACAGUCAGCGAGGACACAGCGAGGGCGCAGGGGCAGAGAGACGGGGACGGAGAAAGGGAAAGAGUCAGAGUGACAGGAAGAGGUGAGGGAGAGAGAGAGAGAGAGAGAGACAAUAACCAGGCAGAUAGACAGAGAGGGAGAGGCUGUCAGAGGAAUCAUACAGCUCCUUUUCCUCCACAGCAGCAGCAGCCCAGCCACUUCUGACUGCUGCCUCCCCGAAGUGGGCGAAGGCUGACGUGGAUGACGGGUGGCAUGUUUUCGGCAGAGCAGUUAUCUGAGUGAUGGUAGCGGCGGCCGCGGCAGCAUCACAAUCCAAAGCAGGAGCUCUUGUGGCUGUUAGUCAUCCUCUGCCUCCUCUCUCCCCUCUCAGAACGCUAUCAGGGCCAUUCAUCGUUCCCAUCUCAUGCCUCCUGCCUCCUCCUCCUCCUCUUCCUCCUCCUCCACGGCUUCAUCCUCCACUUGUACUCCUCCUCUGAUGAGCUACAGCCUCAGAGUGAAAUAACCCCGCUGAUAGAAGCUUCCUCUCUGUCAAGACAGUGCCAUGUGUGAUUGGCCAGCGCAUCCUGUGGCAGUGGCAUCGCCCUGGAUUUGGCAAGAAGCUCUCCCCCGUGCUUGUUCUCCAGAGCUCCUCUGGGAAGCUUUCAUAGGAUUUAUCAGGUCCUGCUGGAUGGCACACAGCUCCCUGCUUCUCUGAAAAGAGUCCACAGAGAAAACCAUACACUACAUGGAUAAGAAGUAAAAUAAUUAUCCAAUCACAGCACAAGGAGGCAGACCGGGUUCCCUUAGCAACAACUGAAGGAGAGGAGAGAAUCCUUUUCUCUUUAUGCUCUCUUGGUUUUUGGGCACACCCCUGUGGACUGCUGUGGGUCAGUGUUCUUUUUUUUCCCUGAGAGGACUUGGAUAACACCACUGCAUGAAGACAGCCUGCCUCCCAAAUUCCACGGGAAUGUGCUCAUUCACCUUCCAGCCCCUGUUCUAACUGUCUCCCAUCCACACCAUGAUUUUUUGCACAAAAUUCUCAUCACAAGUCACGUUCCACCAGCUUGGAAAUCAAUCCAUUCUGAUCCCAAGCCACCUGGAAUAAGCCCUGCUCCAGGGGAGAUUGGACGUUCUGUGAAAGGACCCACACCUGCUUUUUCCUUGCCUUUCAUGGACAAGUGAAGGACGACAUGAGUAAGUCAUCAUCUGCAAAGAAAAUGGAUGUCAGGCAAAGUUUAUUUUGAUGCGAGUUCCUACUGACAGUCGUUUUAUUUUUCCUGGAGGAGGAAACGCCACGCUGAGCAGAGGAAUAUCCCCUACUAUUUUCCAACAGGAUCUGUCCUUUCUCUCUGGAUAGACAGUAGCCCCUACAGAGAUAGGAAAAUCUUGUCCUGGUUGGCUAAUAAUGUAGAACACGAUCAAUUUUGAAAAUUGAGCCACUGCUGGGAGUUCUAUUUUUCUAUCUAUGCUGGAUAGCUUUGUCUAUAAAGGGGUUCAUAUGAACCCAUUUUCUGCUUUCACUUUUGUAUGUUAGCCUGUUACUUUGUUUCACAUGUAAAAAAGAUUGUACAGGAAAGUAAGGUAGGGGAAAAGUCUUUUCCGUGUAUAGGCAAGCGUUUUAAAUAGCAUCUCCAGGGGAACAAUUUCAAACGUACACACUGACACAUGAGAUGAGUUGGCUCAACUUGAUUAUGUAAGAGUUUCAUACCAGCUUUAGCCCAUGAAUUUUGCCUCUUCUUUUUCCAUGGAUUUACAGCAUUUGACAAUUCCCAUGCUCAUUUUGUCUUCAUUUUUGGAAGCGUCUACCAGAGGGCAUGGAUGUCAGAGUGUGACCCUGUGCCGAGUGUGCGGGCCAGGCAAGGCGUUUUGGCUGCCCAGGUGCUUUUAAGAUGUUGAGGUCUCCCUGCGUGGCCGGGGCCCCUGUUCGGAUCAGUAGCACUGAGGCUCCCUGUAGCCAAAGACAUGGACCCCGACUCGGCUCCCCCACGCCCUCAGCCCGUUGGCCACUGGCCCCACGUCGCCCUGUAAAGGAUGUCCCUCAGCAGAGCUCCGGCCCGGGACACCUCUGAGACCCCCAGCCCGAGAGAACGCAUCCGCAGCCACAUGAAGAUGGUGAUCAACCAGCUGGAAGGUAUCCUCAUAGAGCUCAAGGAUGUGGCCAAGGAACUCCGGGAGGUGGUGGGUCAGAUUGAUAAACUAACGUCCGACUUUGACUUUGACCUGGAGCCGGAUGACUGGACCGUGGCCACAGCCAGCAGCACGUCCAGCAGUGAGCGGGGUUUGGGAGAGGCCUUCAGACUGGACUUCCUCAAUGCAGACGUGCUGUCUGACAGCUGGGAGUUCUGCAGCUAUCUGGAGGCUGCUGGAGCUGCCGCUCGCAGACCUGGUGAGCAACCAGGAGACCUACGAGCAGAGCUGGGCCGCGGGACCAUCCCCACCCAGACGCAGACCCCCACCCCACCCCCCACCACUGCCUCGGUCUACUCCCAAAUGAAUGGCGGGCUGCCCAUCCCCAAUGGCCCGCGCAUUAUUACUCCAGAUUCAUCCAGCGAGGAGGCCAGUAGCUCCACGCACAGCCACAAAACUUCCCGAACCUCUGGCACAAGAGAAAGAGUCCGCUUCAGUGACAAAAUUCUGUACCAUGCUUUGUGCUGUGAUGAUGACGAAGAGGAGGAGCAGGAGGAAUUACAGGAGGACAAGGGUGGCUGUGCUACACCAGAUAGUGAUAGUGAAGCCAGUCCACUGUCGAGCUCAGUUGCCCCCAAACGUUCUUCCUCUGAGCACUCACUCCUCCAUAACUGUCUGGACACUUCCUAUGUCUCUUUGCCAGCAAGGGGGAUGACAGGAGCGCACACACUUCCAAGGAAAGGUCUCUUAAACCCCAGCUGCCGCAAAAAACUGUUACGAAAUAGCAGCACGCAAACUGUCUCUGACAAGAGCACCCAAACUGUACUGCCCUAUAUUCCAACCAAACAGAAAACAAAGGACCACUGAGAAAGCCCUAAGUUUAUCAUAAAUCUCAUGAAGAUGACUGUGCAUUAUUUAAUAUUAAAUACAUAGCUCAUAGAUUAAUACACAAAUAAAUUAAUUACUAAAUAAAUAAAUGAUAUAUGGGAAAUCACUCGACUACCUACAGUUUUUCUGAGACUCAGGGAAAACACGACGA